CUGAACAGGAAGUUGUCUGUUUUGUACUGCAUCCCUGGAGAUGACAGGUUCUAAAUCCGCUGUUUUUUUCUAGACAUUUCCUCCAUGAACAAGGUGAAUGAAGUUCUGAAGGACAGGCUCUGGCCCUGAGGGGGAGAUGACAAAGGAGGAAGUUUCAGAGCCGCCUCAGGGGGAGGCUGUCCUGGGCUGCUUCUCAAGACUUUCUUCCCACCAGCAGACAGUCAUCCACCAGGUGGCCUCUGCCCCGAUGCCCAGUGACUGUGAGUUCUCCUUCUUCAAUCCCAGCGAGCCACAAUGCAAAGAGAUUCUCCAGGAUUCAAACACCACCAUACCAGAGCUGUUUGCUGUCCUCAGGCAGUGGGUUCCCCAGGUUCAGAAAAACAUCCACCUUAUUGGCAGUGAGAUCUUGAAGAGGGGCUGUGGAGUAAAUGAUCGAGAUGGCCUGACAGAUAUGAGUCUUCUGCACUACUGUUGCAAGGCUGGGGCUCCAGGCAUUGGUGAUGCAGAAAUAGCAGCCAGCUUUGCCCGCCAGCUUCUUGCCUUAGGUGCUGAUGCCAACCUUCGCUCACGUUGGACAAACAUGAGGGCCCUGCAUUAUGCAGCAUAUUUUGAUGUGCCUGAGCUGAUCCGAGUGAUUCUGCAGGCAUCCCGACCUGGAGAUAUUGAUGCCACCUGCAGUGACUUUGAUUUUGGCACAGCUUUACACAUUGCUGCAUCCAACCUGUGUAUAUCUACUGUCAAGUGUCUGCUGGAGCUGGGAGCCAAUCAUACUUUUAAAAAUGAGAAGGGUCAGUGUCCUGUGGAUGUGGUGCCUGACCCCCUUGACAUGCCUUUGGAGAUGGCUGAUGCUGCUGCCGUGGCCAAGGAGCUCCGGGUUCUGCUAAGACGGACUUUACCCAGACCCAGCUCCCCCCUCCCCUUCAUCAUUCAGCCCCAAUCCAUCCCUGCUCUCUCCGAUAAGGCCAAGAUGCAGCUGGCCUCCAUGGGAAUUCGAAUGGGUGAUCGUGUAGUGAUAGCUGGACAGAAGGUUGGAACGCUGCGUUUCUGCGGCAGCACCGAGUUCUCCGGAGGUCUCUGGGCCGGGGUGGAGCUGGACAAAGCGGAGGGAAAGAACAAUGGCGCUGUUGCCGGUGUUCAGUAUUUCACCUGCCGCAUGAAACACGGAAUUUUUGCUCCACUGUCCAAGAUAAGUAAACCUUUGGAAAAGCGUAAAACCAGCUCCGUAAAGAAUUCUACAACCAUUCGGCCCUCUCGUGGCAUUGAUUCAUCCCGCACUUCUUCCAAGAUUAACACAGGAAUCCUCUCCCGCUCAUCUUCAUCCUCCUCUCUGGAUUCUCGCCGUGGACCAGAUGCUCGACCUCGUCCGUUGCCAAGACGACGCAUUUCUACCAGGCAGCGAAAGGACGCUACUUCACAGAAUCCUAGGACAGCAUCAACAACGGCUCUUCGCUCUUCUCGCACAACAAGCACCACAACUGCAGGUUUUAGAAGUCGAACUCCCUCUGGCAGCAGCUCCCUGUGUGACGGCUCUGAGUUGCGACUGGGGGAGAGGGUGCUGGUGGUGGGACAGAGAACAGGAGUUGUUCAGUUCUGUGGAAAAACCAGCUUUGCUCCAGGAAUCUGGUUGGGCAUUGAACUGGACAAACCAAACGGAAAAAACGACGGCUCAGUGGGAGGAGUCCGGUACUUCCGCUGCCCUCCGAAACACGGCGUGUUUGCUCCUCCCUCUUAUGUUCAAAGGAUUCAUGGAUCAGUCGACUGCCUCUCAGAGCUCUCCUCCUCGCGCUUCAGCCAUCCCUUCAAAGGGACGAUCCGCCGCAGUUUCAGCACAUCAACAGCCAUCGCUGCUCUGAAGGAGUCGAACAGAAAAAGUCCAAUAAACAGGAACCACUCCAAUCCUCUUCGUCGGCGCUCCAACCACCUCAGCGGGGGCAGCGGUGGGAUCAGCAGAGGGUCCAGCCCCUUACUGUCUGAUGGACAGGUGCGCCUCAGACUGGGCAUGCAGGUCUUCUUGAACAGUGCAAAUGACAUGGCAUUCAUCCGUUACUUUGGCACUGCUGACUUCGCUCCGGGCCUCUGGUUGGGUCUGGAACUAAGAAGCCCGAAAGGUAAAAACGACGGCUCUGUGGGCGGCCGGCGUUACUUCACAUGUCGGCCCGGCUACGGUGUCCUGGUCCGUCCCAGCAGAGUCACGUAUCGGGGGAUUAACGGUUCACGUCUGGUGAAUGAUGGCCGCUGAGGCCUUUUUCAACUUGAUGCUUAAGUUUUCUCUUUUUUCCUCAAUUCUUUGGUUCUUUUCUUUCUGAGGCUUCAGUCACAGAAUAUUUGCUUAUUAGACCUAAAAGAUGUUGAAGCACUUUAAAGUCAAAGAAGAAUUGGUAUGCAGGAUUGGCACAGUCUUCAGAAACUAAGAUGCACUACUUUCAAUCUGAUUGCAAUAAAAUCAUCCUUAUGACAGAUUUAGAAAAAUUUAACGUUAUAAUAUUUCUGUAGUUGAAGUAAAUUGUAUUAAAUUGUAUUUUCAUUAAAUAAAAACUGCACACUGGUUGGUUUCCAGCUUGAGGAUGUAAAGAAACCUGAGUCACUACUGGGUUUUAUAUUCUGCUUUAAUGUGGAGAAAAAAAGGUUGAUGAGGACCAGACCAUGUCAACACAAAGCAGCAUUAAUCUGAUCAGCAAGACUAUAGAAAUAAUUCCUAACCAUCGCAAGUCUGAUUCCAGUAGUCCAGGAAUAAAGCUAAUAAUCAGAUUAUGGAGGUUCCUGUAAAGAACCACUGCGAACAUCUUUAGAUCUAUUUUCCCUGUUGUUUUUUAAUUAGGAUUUUGCCGUUUGUAGCCAAAAUCCAAAAACCUGGGUCGUUUUCUAGGACAUAAUUUCUGCAGAACGGCAGGAGUUCAUUAGAAAUUCACCUCUGAGCUGUGGGCGGACCGUUGACGCUCAGCAACUCAGAUCACCUCCCCUUCCUUGUUACUGAGAGCUUAGUUUCAAGCUGUCCUGCUGGCUUACAGCCCCCAACACCCCCACUUAACAGUAGCGGUGCAACAAAAAUGGUGAACAAUAGAAGAGCUAUCCAUGGAGAGCUAUUCUUUAUUUAUGUCAUCCAUCAUCAGAAAAAUGUCAGAAGAGUAUGGAAAGACUUGAGGGUAAAAAAAAUAACCUGAAACAUUCAAACGUUUUCUUUUUAAAUGUAUAUGUUUCUUCAUUUGAUAAAGGAAAAGUAUAUGUUAAAAGAAUAAAAAAAGAUUAUAUUCUGUU